AUGAAUGAAAAUUCAAAUCAGAGCGAAAGUCAUUCCCAAAAUACUGUAUCUGCUCUUGAAAAUUUAGAAAUUGACAAUUCGAUUUCGUGUAAACAGGCUUUGCAUGUAAAAACGUCAAGACAUAGUAUCCUUCUCAAAUUAGAAGUGGAUGGAUUUAUUACGCCUGACAAAAAAGUGAAAGAACUUAUCAAGGAAUUAACAGGAAUAAAAUAUUUAUUUAACUUAAAAUUACUUUUUGAAGAUUUGCAAAAUGAAUUUUCAAAUCAAGUAUUAAUAGAUUCAUUGGUCGCUUUAGCAGAUCCUGCUCCAUUUAAUUUAUAUUAUUCGAAAGAAGGUGCGACUAGAUUAGAAGUGCAUUUACGUACAUUGAUAGCGGUAUUAGAAAGGAUAUGUUUCUCCCCAAUACGUCUUACUAAGAACUUUCGAGAUAAAAUUUAUGAUUCUUUGACAAAAUUUGCUGAAAUACAUCGUAAAACUACUCAAGUAAUUGAAGAAGGACUUGAAAAUAACUUUAGAUCUAACUUUAACCAAUUUAAUCAACAAAAAGAUGAUAAAUCUGAUGAAAAAAUUGCUAAAAAACGAAAUUAUAAUAUUGAUUUUUUAUUAAUUCAUCUGAGGGAUACCUUACAUAGUCUUCGUGACGAUGAAACCUCGUUUCAAGAAUUCAUACGAAGAAGUAGAGAUUUACUUAAAACUGCAUUGAAUAUUACACCAGGAAUUUUAACAAUAACAGGAGUUAAUCUUCCAAAUGAUAAUUGUUCAAUCUUAUCAAUGCUUAAUCAACUACGUCAAAGUUUAAGUUUUAAGUAUCCAGUAGCUUCUUAUUAUGUAGACUGGAGAAUUUUAUUGAUAAUUCAACACAAUCUUUUCAUUUGGUCUGAAUGUUCUGAAAAGAUAAUUAGUAAAAAAUUUGGAGAAAUAUUAUUGAUGGAAUUUAUAUGGAGCUUUUUGGAAAGAGAAUGGAUUAAUAUUACUAAUAAAUCCAUUUUGGAUUCUCAACCCAAAUUUGAUGAAGUAUCAAACAAAGUUAUUAAGGCAUUGAAAAGUGCUGGAAGUUUUUUGAGCGAUCUUUCUGGAAAUGAACCACUUGCAUUACCAUAUGCUUUAUGGUUUGGAUUAUUGGAUCUUGCACAUAGUCUUAUCCAAAAAUCUACCAUAAGAGCGAUACAUGGCCUUUGUUACUAUUUGGCAAUUGAAUCACUUAAUAAAGCUCCAAGUAGCUUCAUUCAAUUUAAAGCUAUUGAAAUAUUAUUAUAUUUACAUAAUAAUGAUAGUCAAAUGUUUUCAAUGAUUAAUGACGAUUUUGAUCACUACAUACAAAUGUUAAGUAAAAAUAAUUCUGUAGAUUCUUCAGAGAAAUUUCAAAAAUUAUUAAAAUUUGUUAAAGACAAAUAUCUCGAAGAUCUAAAAAUUCUAAAUGAUGAUAUUGGAAAAGAAAAAAAAGGAAAAGGAAAAGAAAAAGGUUCAAAUCAAAAUACAUAUAUAGUAAAUGAACAAACAUCAAAUUCUAAUAUAUUAGAUGCUAUAGCAGAUGAAAUGACUUGUCUAAUUAGUAUGGAACCAAUUGAUCAAAUAUGUAUUUUAAUAUGUCAACAUACAUUAUCAUUAAAUAAUUUAAAAUUAUUAAAACAAAAAAUAUGUCCUAAAUGUCGAGAAAAGAUUGAAGAAAAUGACAUCAGAUAUUUACCACAACAUUCAAUUUAUAAAAAUUUAUACACCAAAUUUUCUGAAUCUGGAUAUAUUUCACCUCCAAUUGAAUUAGAAAAUUCCAAUCAAAUAUAUAAUAGUGAUGAUUCAGGUAAUUCAGAAGCUGAACUUAUACUAAAUAAAAAGGAGAAAAUUUUAAAUAUUAAACUAAAUUCAAAUAUAUCACUAUCAUCAAUACUUUCAAGAUUUUCAAAAAAACAACAUCCAAAAUAUCAAAGUAUUAUUAAAGAAUUAAAUGAGAAACACUAUAAAAAGGCUGAAACUUUAUGUAAAGAGUUGUUGAAUUUUUAUCCUAAAAGUUAUUCUUUAAGGUGUAUAUUGGGUUAUAUUUAUAGAUGUCUAAAUAAUUAUGAUCAAGCGCAUUUAUAUUUGAAAGAGGCUAUUGAUUUAAAACAAAAAGAACCAAUUGCUUAUUUUAUUUGUGGAGAAAUAUUUUUUCAACAAAAUGAAUAUAGUAAAGCAAUAAAUAAUUUAGAAAGGUCAUUAUUCUAUAAUGUUAAAAUAAAUAAUUCGUAUAUAGUACUUGGAAAUAGUAAUUUUUUUGAGGCGGAAUCCUAUAAUUAUGAUGAACAUUAUUUAUUAGAUGCUUUAAAAAAUUAUGAGAUUGCAUUAAAAAAUGAUCCAAAUAAUUAUUUAUGUCUUAAGAGUUGUGCAUAUAUUUAUGACAAAAAUAAAGAUUAUUUUAAAGUACUAAUAAUAUUAGAUAGGUUACUAAAUAUUAAUAAUGAGGACUCCCUGAUUUUAUGUUAUUAUGGAGAAGUAUUGUGUAAGAUAGGUCUAUUUAGUGAUACAAUAUCAUAUUUUACAAAAGCAAAUGAUAUAGAUCCAGAAAAUAUCCAUAAUUUAAAUAAGAAAGCUAUUGCAUAUUAUACUCUUCAAGAUUAUGGUAAAGCUUUAUUUGAACUUGAUAAAGUUAUACAAUUAGAUCCAUUAAAUAGUUUAGUAUAUUAUCUCAAGUGUCUAAUUUAUUAUACGAAAAAAGAUAUUGAUAAUGCUAUAAUGGUAUUUGAAAAGUGUAAAAAAUCAUUAGAUCUUAAUGAUAUAUUAGCAAAAACUCUACUAUUUCAUCUGGAAUAUUUACUGAAUAGAAAUAAUUCUACAGAAUUAAAUAAUAUAUUAACAAGAAUUACUAAUCAAAUUUCUAAUAUUGAUAAUAUUGAAAAUAGUCGAUCACUACUUUUUAUUAGAUGCAAAAUAUAUAUAGAUUUAAAAAUGUACCAUGAAGCAAAAUCAGAUUUAGAUAUGUUAUAUCAUACUAAUAGAGGUUAUUUUUCUGAAUACAUCCCAUAUAUAUAUUUAUUACAAGAACAUGAGAAGUUUUGGUCACAUCUAAAUAAUUAUAAUAACAUUGAUCUUUCCAAAUUUGGAAUUGUUAAUGAUUUUAGCAAAUACAUGUAUAAAAUAAAUUUGGAUAAUAAGCUUGGUCAAUUUCAAGAAAGUGAUACAAAUAGUUUAUCUGAGAAAGUAAUUGACUCUAAAAAUGAAAAACUUUAUUUGGAUUUACCUACACUAAAUAAUAAUAAGUUUGCAUAUGUUAUUUGGAAAAUAAAUAUUAAGAAAAUAUUACCUGGAAAUUGCUUUAUAAAAUUUAAUGUCGAAAAAAUUGAUAAUACUCAUUACGAACAUAUUUUAAAACAUGAAGAUAUAUUGAAACUUGAAGGAUUAGGUUGGAUUGAAUAUCAGCUUCCAAAAUGUGAAACGAAUCUUCAUAUUUCAAUUGAAGUAAAUGGUCCUAUUAAUGUGCAAAUAGAUUAUGUUCGGUUUGGAUAUAACAAUGAAAUAAUAACUUACAUUCCUAAUAUGGGCGAUUUGUUACCAAACUAUCAUAAAGUUUGUCCAAAUGUUCCAGAAAUUUUCAAAGAUAAAUACUUUUCAAGAAAAGAAAUGGAAAACUUGCUUGAAUUGAAAGAUAUAAUAAACCACUUAUAA